AAAAAGAUAUUAAGAUGCAGUGACAUUCUUUUUAUUAUUAAGUUGAAAAAUCUUCCUAGAAACUGCUUAGCAAAUGAAAAGUAAAUUCGUGUAUGAAAUACAAUGAAUAUUCGUCCGAAAUAACUGAUAUUUCCGGACAAAUGCUUUAUCUAUAAUCAGGGAAAUUGAUUGGUAAAGAAUUAUCUUUUUAUCAACUGGUCUUUGCUCUUAUUUGCUGGCGAGCCUAAUUUUAGUCUUUUUUUUACUGGAAUACGCAUGCUCGACUUCACAGUAGGACAUUCAGGGAAAACUUCAUCAGAUAGUAGUAAACUACACGAUAUGAAUUUUGUUUUAUAAUCUACAUAUGAUAUUGAGUUUUGUGUUUUGUUAACGUUGUUCAACCUGUACGUAAAUGCCAAAGAGUAACAUUAGCUUAGAGGAAAUGAGAAAAUAUGCGUUGAUGAUGGAGCGCCUUCAGGUUGAAAUCGGUGAGCUGAAACAAAACAUCACUUUAAACAAAGGCACGCCCUCUACACCUGUCACGUGUCCUAUUGGAUGGUCCAUGUUUGAGACUUCCUGUUACAUGGCUGUUAAUCAGCAGCUGUCCUGGAACGACGCCUCGAUGAAGUGUGUGAUGUCUGGUUCAAAACUUGUCGAAAUAGAAACAAAGGCGGAAAACGAUUUUCUGACAACUACCCUUCCAAAGUUUAAUACCGGAGAGGCCUACUGGACAGGGGGUAAAGACGAUGUCACGGAAGGUCUGUGGGUCUGGGUAUCGUCAGGAGCCACCUUUGGUUUCUUGGACUGGAAUCAAGGAGAACCGAAUGAUUCUGGUGGGAUCGAGGAUUGUUUGCAGUUAUAUAAAAGGAGAGGUCGCAAAACAUAUUGGAAUGAUAACUAUUGCGAAAAAUCAUUUAAUUUCAUCUGUGAACAAACUUUAUAGAUUUCAGAAACCAAAGAGCAUCAGCCACCUGCUAUCUAAUAAUAGCUAGUAUCUAGAUGGAGUAACGGGUACACGCGUGAUCUUGUAAGCGACUGUACAUAGCUAAAAGUUUGGAUAAUAAUCAAUUCAUCUUUUGUCAAUAUGUUUUAAUGUUUUUGUUACUUGGUAAAAAAAUUUUUAAGAAAGACAAACAACUGUAUUACAAUACUCAUCUUAUUUUUGGGCACAGUAUGAUUCGAUCAAUGUCAAUAAAAAAUAUACACAAUUUAAAAAAAACCAGAUUUCAAAUACUAAGCAAGUUAAAACAGGUGUUCUUUCUAACAAUGCGUAUUUCAGCAUUAAGGUAACUCGAAUGAUUUACUCGUAUAUGUUUAGUUUAAUUAUAUAUAAUCUAGGUUUCAAAACAAAAAUAUGUAAAUUAAUGUAGACAUAUAGUUUCAAUAAUAUUUGUAAUAUGACGCUGCUUUUAUUCCUUUUAUGACGCUUAUAUUCAUAUGAAGCAGAAUUAAUUCAAAAGCUUGUGCAAGGAAAGAAAAAAAAACACUUGCUGUGGCCUUCAACUCGACAUUUAAAUGUAUUGAUGAUGUUUUAUCUAUUAAGAAAUGUUACUUUUUCUCUUAUAUUAACUCGUAUAUCCCAGUGAGCUCGAAAUAAAAGAUACCACAUAUUCUUAGAUUCUGUUUCAUAUUUGGAAAGGUUAAAAAAGACAUUAAUGGUGGCCUAACAACAAAGCUUAAGAUAAACAUGAUGAUGAUUUUAAUUUUUCCAUCGUCAACUUCCCUUAUGUAGCAAUAUAACAUCAUAUCUGCUUAUGGGAUAUAUGUCCCUCAGUUUAUUCGUUGUGCAAGAACAUACUCUACAUACGAACGAUGUCUUAAGCGAGGCAAGUUACUG